UUCACUCCGUAAACAUCAGCGGAAGGGCUCCCUGUUUAACUGGCCUUUCUGUGGAUUUCUGGAGGGAGUGAGAAUGACUUUCGGAGGGAGGAACACCGGCCUUUCUCUCUGCAGUGGGAUGUCAGGUUAAAUUAAAAACAAGGAGGCGAGUGUGCAGCAGGAGAGUGAUGUGAUGUGGCUGGGAGAGGUGCAGCAGAUGAGUGAUGUGCAGCAGGUGAGUGAUGUGCCGUGGCUGAGAGAGAUGCAGCAGGUGAGUGAUGUGCAGCAGAUGAGUGAUGUGCAGCAGGUGAGUGAUGUGCCGUGGCUGAGAGAGAUGCAGCAGGCGAGUGAUGUGCCGUGGCUGAAAGAGAUGCAGCCAGGCAGGUUGUUUGUUACACCUUUAAUUGUGCACGGCUGAAUUUAACGAUAUCCCCUCCCGAGGGGGCGCGGGUGCUGCUGAGGGAUUGUGUCUGUAAAUAAGCUUGGCGUGUGAGACGGCAGCAUCUCCACUCGUCAUGCACAGGCCCAGGACCAUGGCGGAGCAGCGGCAGGAGCAGAGCGAGGAAGUCAGCCUCUCGACCCCGCAGGACCUGGCGGAGACCCUCAAAGAGGAAGACUCUCAGGGCCCCACGGAGUUCAGGAUCCAUCUUAUCAACAACUUGUCACAUGAGGAUGUGAAAAAAUGUUACCGUGGAUCAACGGUCAGCAAGUACAACUCGCAGUACCACAAGCUCUUCCAGGCCGUGCCCAAGGAGGAGACGCUCAUGAAGGUGUAUUCCUGCGCUCUUCUCAGAGACAUCCUGCUACAGGGCCGCCUCUAUAUUUCCAGAAACUGGCUGUGUUUCCAUGCCAACCUCUUUGGCAAGGAUAUCAAGGUGGCGAUACCCAUAGUGUCCGUGCGGCUGGUGAAGAAGCACAAAACGGCCGGGCUGGUGCCGAAUGGGCUGGCCAUCACCACGGACACCAGCCAGAAGUAUGUGUUUGUGUCCUUGCUGUCCCGAGACGGUGUUUAUGAUGUCCUGAGGAGGAUCUGCACACACCUCCAGCAGGUCAAUGGCAAGAAGAGCCUCAGCUUUAAGCAGUACAUGGAGGAGCCCAGCUCACUGUCACAGGAUGAGUUCCCUAUCCCAGAAGAGUUCCCCCCGGUCCUGAACUGGAGGCGGAAGCCUUCGGUGGCCUCCGUGUCCUCCUCGCUCCCUGACCUCCUGGGAAAGUCAACCACCAGCCUGAACACGGUGGAGGCAUCAUUCCAGGUGGAUGCAGAUGUGCAGGAGGGGAACCUGCAGCCUGAGAAGGUUCUGGGUGAGCCGGUACCACAGCUGGGCCCGAUGGAGCACCUGCUUCUCAAGCUCUUCAUCGUGCUCAUCCUCCUGCUCAUUCUGUCCUCCUGUUACCUGGCCUUCCGUGUCUGCAGCCUAGAGCAGCAGCUCUCCCACCUGAGCACAAAGCUGGCUCUGCACAUGACAGAGAGGUAACCCAUGCUUCUCUCUGCAUCACGACGGAACAGACCAGACUCCCCACCAAUGACCUCAGGGCUUCUCAGCGACAGACAGUCUGGCAUCCUGAUAUUGUGCAGGCACCCUAUAGACUGCAUAUUCCAGAAAAAAACAGCAAGAGGAUUAUGUUGAGCAUCAAAGGAGGAUGGGAAGUGAAGAUCCGUUCAGUGAUGGACUGCAGGAUGUCCUGGUCUUCAAGUCCAGCUGGACACCCUUGGAGCAGCAGCCCUGCCCUGUGUCUGCUCCUCCAUGUCCCAAAUGUCCACAGUUAUGGUCUAACAUGAAGGUCGAUAAUUGUGAAUUUGAAUUAAUUGUCAUUGUUGACACACCACAGUGCACAACAACGAAAUGUGCUCUCUGAAUUUAACCCAUAAGUGACAAUGUGACAUAGCUGGGGGCAGCUAAUUCAGCGCCCAGGGAGCAGUGUUUGGGGGCAGUACCUUGCUCAGGGUACCUCAGUGGCGCCUUGCUUGUUGGGGAUUCGAACCUGCAAUCUUUCAAUUUCGAGUGUGCUUCCCUAACCAUCAAGCCACCACUGCCCACUGACCAGGCAGAUGCUUACAGCACAGACAGUGACGGAAAACGCCCUGAGAUCCUGUGAGGCUCCCUCUUGCUCUGUAAUGCGGGAUCUGACUCCACUGAACCUCCAGAAGGUUAUGGCAACAAUUGACAAAGACAUGGUAGAUUUCAAUGAGAUGCUUCCCUUUUAGAGUCAUAGAAUGGGCAUAAGUGACAUAACUUCCAUGUCUAAUUUAAUUUUUAAAAGUUUUGGAAGUACAUGAAAACAUUAACUCCUUUCACUAUGAUUCUGGUUCCAUAGUCAAAUAUCAGGAGUAAGAUCUAACCUGGAUAUUCAAUAUACCUUCUCCAUCUUCUGCUUUAAAUCCGCCCUGAUUGCAAAUUCAGUCUUUGCUUUUCCAGUCAAGACACAUGAGUGAGAUCAAAGUUUCAUUCUGAGAACUUUGAAAAAGGCUGUUCCCUUGGGUUACCGGGAGAAUCGAAAGUCAGUGUCCAAGAUAUGCAGCAAAUGGCUUUUAAGGGCGAGUCAUUGCAACACUUUUCAUUGUUGUUUAUAAUGUUCCUAUCAAUCAGUUUAUUUUAACAAGCAGACUUAAAAUGAUAGAUUGCAUUUUGAUAUCGCUGAUGGUUCCUUGGCAUUCAUUUCAAAACGGACAACCGUUGCUUUGGAGCUGAACUGCAGGCAAGCACACAAAAAUGAUAAGUCCAGAGUGGAGGGACUAGGGAUAACAUAUGAGGCAACAUGCAUGCUUCAUGCAAAGGGCUGAUUAAGUGGGUGAAAAUGAGGUGAGAUUAUGUAGCAAACAUAUGGAUGAUUGGUUCCCAGAGGCCUGUAACAUACUCGUUAACGAGCGUGGCUUAUCUGGGGAUACACGGCUGGGGGUGCCACUGGUUUGCAGUCCGUGUGUAAGCGUGUAGUCGUCACGGCCCUUUUGGUCCGGCACAAAAGGGGCCGAAUGAAUCUCAUGGACCCAUAGGUCACACAGUUCCUCAAAAUGACCUAGGGGGCAUAUGAUCUACGAGGAAAAAAGUUGUGUGUGUUUUGUAUAAUUGAAACUACAUGGAUUUAAGUGCUGAAAUAUUUGUGUGCAAUUUUAUACUGUGAUUGUAUGACAUUCAUUUAUUGGGAGGUCAACACGGUCACUGUCUUGUGUAGUCAGCCACUGUUAAUUACUACUGGAAAAACAGCAGCACUUGUGUAAGGCAAUAAAAUCCAUAACAUGCUGCACUGCUUGGUUCAGCCGGACCGGCAAUAUUUCAA